AUGGUGACUGCUACUCCUUUAUGUGCAAACGACUGUGGUUUCCAUGGUUCGGUGGAGACCAAGGAUUUAUGCUCCAAGUGUUACAAAUUAGAGCUCUCCAAAUCGGCCAAAAUGAAUGAUCUUACUAGUUCAGCUGCUGCACCAAGCCCUUCUGAUUCGGUUGUUUCUGCAACCUUAAUUUCUAGUCCUUCAAAAAUCAACAGGUGUGAAAGCUGCAACAGGAAGCUUGGCUUGAUGGGGUUUACAUGUCGGUGGGGCAAGGUUUUCUGUCAGUUCCACCGCUACCCUUUGGAACAUUCCUGCAACUACGAUUUCAAGAAGGCCGGUCGUCGAGCAAGUAUUAAACUAUUGAUAUUCUAUUCACCGGAUAUCAAGUUUAGUGCUUACAUGUCUGGUCUGUGGUUAGAAAUUGAUCAGAUUAAUUCUAAGAUGACCAUUCAAAGCAAGCCAAUUCAACCUGCACAAUAUUAG